UAAAACGAAUGGAGAAACUGGUAGAGAGGGGUUCGCCUUCUGUAAUUAAUGGCACGCAGAUACCGCAGUUUAGUUGAAAGUUGUACAGUUAUAGUUUUAUAGAAACUAUUUCGAAUCAAUAACAUUCCAUUGUCUGUACUAUGUUUAAUAAGAGGAUGGCUGAAUUUGGUCCAGAUUCUGGGGGGCGAGUUAAGGGAGUGACAAUUGUUAAACCAAUUGUAUUCGGUAAUGUCGCGAGAUACUUUGGAAAGAAAAGGGAAGAGGACGGGCACACACAUCAGUGGACUGUUUAUGUUAAACCAUAUAGAAACGAGGACAUGUCUGCAUAUGUGAAGAAGAUACAGUUUAAACUUCAUGAAAGCUAUGGAAAUCCUUUAAGAGUGGUCACAAAGCCACCGUAUGAGAUCACUGAGACUGGCUGGGGUGAAUUUGAGAUUAUCAUCAAGAUCUUUUUCAUUGACCCUAAUGAGAGACCUGUCACUCUGUAUCACCUUCUUAAGCUCUUCCAGUCUGACUCCAGUGCCAUGCCCAAGAAAACUGUUGUUUCUGAAUUCUAUGAUGAGAUGAUCUUUCAGGAUCCCACAGCAAUGAUGCAACAGCUGUUAAACACUACCAGACAGCUCACACUGGGGGCCUACAAACAUGAAACUGAAUUUGCCGAGUUAGAGAUGAGGACUCGUGAGAAACUGGAGGCUGCCAAGAAGAAAACUAGUCAGGAGAUCACAGAGCUGAAGGAGCGACUGAAAGCUAGCCGAGAGACCAUUAACUUCCUGAAGGGAGAGAUCCGCAAGCUGGAGGAGGAUGAUCAGAUAAAAGACCACUGAAGAUGGCCCUAUCUGGACCAGUUAUUGUGAAGUCACUCAUUUCAGGUCCUCUGUGACUUCAGAGAAUCUCAUUUUUCAUUCACGUUAACAGGAUUGCUUGUGAUGAGACGAGGUGAUGGCUUUUUGUGUUGAGCUUUGACAAUACGAUUUAUCAGCUCCUUUCUUUUUGUUCAGUGUAUUUGUGAAAAUCUCAUGAAUAGAUCAAGUAUUUUGAAUGGAAUGUUACAAUUUCCCUUGGUUUCAUAUGGAAUUGGUCUAUUCAGGGUUAUAGUUGUAUAGUGCAGCAAUGUGACGUUUAAAGUGAACUUGCCUCACCACAGUAAUGGAGUGGACUUAUAAUAUAAGCUGCCUUUGUUGGUACAUUGACUUUCUAUGGAUCACUGUUUUUGUAUGAAUAAAUUAGGCUUUUUAACAUGCUACAAUGACCUUUGUGCUCUGGAAAAUCUCUGUGUUUGUACUAUAUGUUAUGAAAACUGUCA